AUGAGCGAGAAUCAAGGCCCUGAACUACUUCCCAUUGAUCCAGAAAUUGAGCUUAUUGUGGUUGAUGACAGAGAUUGUGCUAUCAGUCAAUAUGCUCUCCCCCUCUUCAAUGAGCUCAAUCUGGGCAUCAUUAGACCAGAAAUUCAGGCAACCCAGUUUGAAUUAAAGCCAGUCAUGUUCCAGAUGCUUCAAACUGUGGGCCAGUUUAGUGGGAUGCCAACAAAGGAUCCUCACCUUCACCUUCGCUUGUUCAUUGAAGUGAGUGACUCUUUCAAGAUGCCUAGAGUGACAGAGGAUGCACUGAGACUAAAGUUGUUUCCAUACUCCUUGAGAGAGAGUGCUAGAGCUUGGUUGAACUUUUUACCAUCUGAGUCUAUGAGUACUUGGCAGGAGUUGACUGAGUAG